AUGAACAACCCCAAGGAUUCUUCUGGUUCAAACAGCAGCCCUGGUGUACGUGUAGGGAAGACCUCAGGCAGCAACUCUUCUGGUUCAAACAACAGCCCUGGUGUACGUGGAGGCCCGACAAUCAGGCUGUUUAGAUCUUCACUCAUAAAAGAUGUAUCUGAUUCAUCAAAACUGCCCUGUAACAAACGCUGUGAUCCAUCCCCCACUUUGCAACAGCAGAAUGUAGAUGUAGCAGCAGAAAUACGAAGUGGYUUAGAUGCCAAUACUUCAGCAAGGUUCCAAAAGGAGACCUCCUGUAUCUUCAGUGAUGUAAAACAACCACUACUAAGCAGCUUGCUUGAAGGUUCCGUUAAGUUAAGAGGGGACAACCUCAUGGAAAAGAAAGAUAUAAUUUCUUUGAUUGGAGGCCAUAUGUCUGAUAUAGAUAAUUAUCUAACUAACUUUGCUAUUGAUAAAUAUCUCGACCUAUUGGCCUCUGAAAGUAUAGCAAAGGGUCUAAAAGUAAAAACGACCGAGUGGGAGAAAUUCAAAAGAGCAAUAGGAAAAAAGCCCACCAAGAAAGUCCUAAAGGAUAAAGGCUCAAUGCUUGAUCAAGACGCUAUUUUGGUGCCAUGCAAUCCUGGUAACAGUAUGCACUGGUUUCUUUUUGUUGCACUGCCGCUCGAGAAGAAAAUCUCAGCUCUCGAUAGCUUGUCAAGUUCAUCUACCAAAACGACUGCUGAAAGGGCCAUCAACAAGAUGUGGAAACUCCCGAAAGAAUAUGACGAGGACCUUGAUUUGAGGGAAUGGAGUUUUCACUGCACUUUGUCACAGGAUGUACCACAACAGCAAAAUGGGUUCGAUUGUGGCGUGUACAUUGCUCUUCAUGCAAGAAGUCUCUUGCUCCAAUCACCAAUGGUCUCAAGCGAGUCAAUCUCGUCUUUUAGGAAACAGAUGUCAAUUGAGUUGCAUGAGCAAAAGCUCCAUGAUUUCGCCUCUGAAACUAUCAUUGAAGGGAGCAAUUAUGCUGUAGAAGUCAUUCUACUUUGGAAGGGCCCUCAGCAUCAGAGAAUAUCCCUUUGUAGAUUUCAAGUUUUUACAUUCGUCAGGGUUCAAUUGGCCUGUACGCGAUGA